CGUGUGCAUUCUGUGAUGCAAAACUAAGGGGAUUAGUAUCAGACUGUGGAAUCAGACUGCAACGGGAAUUCAUGUUGUAUUUUGGUAAGGGUCACUGCCUUUACCCACAAUGCCUGUGUUUUACUCAACUGUUCCUGAGAGCCUGCACGCAGGUUUGGCCUAUGUGGGAAGUUCUGUGCUGAUCAACAACAGGACAGGAGAUGAUGGCUUCACCAGGGAGCAAGAGCACGCCUCCGUGGUCAACGAGCUGGUUUCUCACCUUCCCCUGCAGAUGCUGCUGUACUUCAAUGUGUUUUAUUUUCCCUGCUGGUGGUUUUCUGCUGUUUUCAUGCUGGAAGUUAAGUUCUCUUAUCUGCUGGGAUACUACCAAGCUCUGCUUAUAACUGCUAUCAUCCUCCUGACAGUCACUGAAGUGGUUCGACUUUAUCUGGGUUACGUUGGCAACCUCAAAGAAAAGGUGCCAGAGCUGGCAGCCUUCUGGGUGCUGUCUUUCAUGUUCCAGCUGCCGCUGCUGCUGUUCUUCCUCACCGAUGAAGGAAUUAUCAUCCUGCCUCUGGAGAGAGCUGUCCACGGCAUCUACCUCCUCUUCCUGCUCACCCAGAUCUUGACCUCCUUGCUGGCGCUCAAGACGAUGACCCGAAAACUCAUCCUGCUGUUUCACCUGCGGCAGUUUGGUGAGGUGGAAAGCCUCCGACACACAGGGAUGACUCUCGUACACGGAGUGCCGUAUCACCGGAGUGUUCUGCCCACGUCACCAAUCCAGCACACGUACCAAGAGAGGAGAGAUCUGCAAUCUUAAAUAUGCAAUCUCAAAAUUACUCUAA